AUGAUGAAUCUUCGUCCUCGACUGGGUCUAUUCUCAGCCUUCCGAGCUGCUCCAGCAACUCGACGGUUUGCGACAGAAGCGCGGUUAACUUCGGACCAUGUUCGCAUCGUCGAAGUCGGGCCCCGAGAUGGCCUGCAGAACGAGAAGAAGUCCAUCUCGUUGGGGACGAAGCUCAAGCUGAUCGAGAAACUGGCCAAAACCGGCGUGACAACCAUUGAAGCUGGUUCCUUUGUCCCUGCGAAAUGGGUACCCCAGAUGGCAAGUACUGCGGAGAUAUGUGAACGUCUUCUUCAAUCGCCGCCCGAAUCGCAAAAUGCCAUCGCCUACAAUUAUCUAGUCCCCAACGUUAAAGGGCUAGAAGGCCUCAUCAAAGUGCUAGACGCCACGGGCUCCUCAGCCGAAUCCUCGAAAUCCGCCACCACCACCGAAAUCUCCCUCUUCGCCGCAGCGACCGAAGCGUUCUCUAAGGCGAACACGAACUGCACGAUCGACGAAUCCCUCGAGCGCGUUCGGCCCAUCGUAUCACUGGCCAAAACCAGGAACAUCCGCGUUCGAGGCUACGUUUCCGUGGCCCUCGGUUGCCCGUAUGAGGGACCCGAGGUCUCGCCCUCAAAGGUAGCGGAUAUCACGGCAAGCUUGCUUGAAAUGGGCGCGGACGAGGUCUCUGUCGCCGAUACGACCGGCAUGGGCACGGCUCCGCGCACCAUGCGGCUCCUUCAGGCUCUCAGGGCAGCGGGGAUUGCUAACAGCGACUUGGCUCUGCAUUUCCACGACACAUACGGGCAAGCCCUCGUAAAUACCAUCGUGGGCUUGGAGCAUGGCAUCCGCAUCUUCGAUAGCAGCGUUGGCGGUCUUGGCGGGUGUCCGUAUUCAAAGGGGGCUACGGGUAAUGUCUCGACAGAAGAUCUGAUUCAUACUAUUCAUGGGCUUGGAAUGCAUACGGGCAUUAACCUGGAGGAGAUGUCAAAGAUCGGCUCCUGGAUUAGUGGGGAGUUGGGACGGUUCAAUGAAAGUCGGGCUGGAAAGGCCACUCUUGCCAGAAUCCAAGAGUGA